AUGCUCCGGCUCAGAACACCGGGCACCGGGCCCUCAGUGCUGAGAAUUGCCGCGACUUCGGGCAUUUUGGCCGGGGCUUUUGCCGUGUUUCAACUCGGUUAUCUGAUCCUCACCGUCGAUGCCCUUGUCAAACUCUUUUUGACGUUCUUGUACACUCAUCUGAACUCCGAGCAAAAGCGAAAGCACACAAAAGACCACGAGUUUUUUUUCAGCCAGAAGGAUCUGCCGCAGGUAGAACCACAACAGCCAUGUGAACUCGAAAAAGUCGAAGUCCCUUCAGUCAGCGUCAGCGACCUGGGUGUCGACGACAGAGAACCUGAGGUGGUUGGCUGCGUUGUUGGGUGGCGUGAGGAUGAAGAGCUCUACGCCCGGUGUCUUGAGAGCCUCUUCAGCACGCCAAGCUGUACCACCAUCGUCGCAGGUAUUGAUGGCGACGAGAUAGAAGAUGAGCGGAUGGUGGACGUUUUCCAAAAGGCCUACCCCGAUGGUGUCGUGUUUCGACUGGCUCAGCCUCUCUCAGAGACCUUGGAACAUCUAGCAACUCUGGCAGAUGUAGACUUGCUCAAUGAUGAGGCUGGCCAGGAAGCUAUCACGGAGCGUCUGCAAAGCUACGUCCGAGAGCUCCUCGCAGAGGACCUGCUUCCAAGCCACCUUCGCGAUGUCAAAGCCAUAUGCGUCGUUCAGCCGCACCGAUCCAAGAAGGAUAUCCUAUUCACGACCUUAAUUGUCGCCACGAUUCUAGCUCAAGCGCAGUCCAUCGACUUCGUUUUCAGCACCGACUCCGACUCAACCGUCUCUCCGGAGGCCAUACCCAAGAUGGCACGAAAGCUUAGCAGCGAUCAGAAUAUCGGUGGUGUUUCAGGGCAUAUGCGAUUCUUCCACCCCAACCCGACAUUUAUCACGAAGGUCGCGACGUCGUACUACUGGUUCCAACAGGAUGUCUACAAGAUCCAGGGGGCAAUUUUCGGAGCUAACGAGUGCCAACCUGGGCCGUGUGGUGCCUUCCGAGCUUCUGCACUGACCAAGGUGCUGGUCCCUUGGUCCUGCCAGCGAGUGCUAGGCCGAAAAAUGAUCACCAACGAGGACAGACACCUAACAACGCGGCUCCUCUGGGCCGGCUACGACGUGCACCACGUCCCCGACGCCGUCGUCUACACCGACACGCCCGACACCUUCUCCACCUGGGUCAGGCAGCAGGUUCGUUGGUCCAGGGGCACCAUGAUCGAGACGAUCUGGUACCCGCGCAUGGUCUCGCGCCUGUCGCCCUGGCACCUCUUCACCAUCCUCAAGUCGCGGCUGAUGCCGAUCGUCAUCUUCUGUAUGGUCGUCAGCUCGGCCGUCACGGGCCGGCGGCUGCUCGGCGGCAUACUGGACCGCGUCGUCGCCGACAUGGUCACGACCGUCGACCUGUUCUGCUGCCUCUCGCUCCAGGUGGCGUACCUUGUGUUCCUGGGACCCAAUGAUACCAUCCUGCAGGAUCUGAUCUACCUCGUUCCUGCGCUGGCCUGGUUCCUGGUCUUGUCCCCUAGUAUUGUUGUCUGGUCGCUGAUUACUGUAUUGGACGGGUCCUGGGGAACCCAGCCCCGUGCCGUGGCAAGAAAAGCAUCUGAUGGGUGCACCAGAUCUAAUAUCAGACACGCGUCGAAUGAGGUUGUAUUUGUUCUGUGCUGGCUGGGCGUGUUCGCUAUAGCUGGUAUUCGGGAUUAUUAUCACACGGGCACCAUGAUGUAA